AUGGAUCCACGACAGGAUACUCCAUUCCGCUCGGUGGACAUGAGCAUGGUGCAGCUGUACGUCUCCAAGGACAUCGAUCGGGAGGUCGUCACUGCUCUUGGCGAGCUUGGGCUGUGCCAGUUCUGCGACCUUAAUAAAGAUGUCAGUGCAUUUCAGCGUACUUUCACCCAGGAGAUCCGACGCCUUCAUGAUGUCGAACGACGGCUGCGAUACUUCUAUAUGCAGAUAGAAAAGGCGGGAAUCACACUUCGAAGGCUUGAUCUUGAUGCUGAGAGGCUCGCGUCGCCCUCUACCUCGGAAAUUGAUGAACUCGCCGAGCGAAGCCAGAAGCUUGAGAAGCACGUCUCCGCACUGAACGACAGCUACGAGGCCCUCAAGAAACGUGAGGGUGACCUCAUUCAAUGGCACUGGGUGCUGAGAGAGGCUGGCGGCUUCUUUGAUCGCGCUCCCGGAAACGUGGAGAGUCGAAUCUCUACACAAAACGAUAACGCGCCGUUACUCUCCGACGUUGAGCAGCACAACGCUCCACCUGACAUCGAGAGAUCAUUUUCCGGCAUGAAAAUUGACUUCAUCUCUGGCGUUAUCUCCAGGGACCGUGUUGCCACCUUUGAGCGUAUCCUCUGGCGAACUCUUCGUGGUAACCUGUACAUGAAGUUGUCGGAGAUUCUAGAGCCGUUGAUCGACCCCAUGAACAACGAGGCUGUUAGGAAGAAUGUCUUUCUCAUCAUCGCUCAUGGCAAAGAGAUUAUCGCCAAGAUCCGGAAGAUAGCUGAAUCCAUGGGAGCUGAGGUGUAUAAUGUCGAUGAGAACAGUGAUAUCCGAUGUGACCAGAUUCACGGGGUGAACAGUCGUCUCGAGGACGUACAGAGCGUCCUUCGCAACACUCAAACUACUCUUGAGGCAGAGCUCAACCAAAUUUCGCAGUCUCUUUCUGUCUGGAUGGUGCUCAUUGCAAAAGAGAAGGCUGUAUACAACACCCUUAACCUGUUCUCUUAUGAUCCUGCCCACCAGAUCCUCAUCGCUGAGGCUUGGUGCCCCACUAAUGAUUUGCCUCUUGUCAGCACUACUCUCCAGGACGUCACUAAUCGAGCUGGCAUCUCCGUUCCGUCUAUUAUUAAUGAGGUUCAAACUAAUAAGAAGCCACCCACUUAUAUGAAGACUAAUAUGUUUACCGAAGGCUUCCAGACCAUUGUCAACGCGUAUGGUACAGCCACCUAUCAAGAGGUUAACCCGGUCAUACCUGUCAUUAUUACCUUUCCUUUCCUCUUUGCUGUGAUGUUUGGCGACUUUGGACACGCUGUUAUCAUGCUCUCUGCUGCGUUAGCCAUGAUCUAUUGGGAGAAGCCUCUGAAAAAGGUCACAUUCGAACUGUUCGCUAUGAUCUUUUACGGUCGAUACAUAGCGCUGGUCAUGGCGGUCUUCUCUUUAUUCACAGGUCUUAUCUACAAUGACGCCUUCUCUAAGUCUAUAACCCUGUUUGACAGCGCUUGGACGUUCAAGAAGCCAGAUGGCUGGCAAGAAAAACAGUCCGUUUCUGCUACCUUACGCGACGAAGGCUAUCGCUACCCAUUCGGUCUAGAUUGGGCAUGGCAUAGAAGUGAGAAUAAUCUUAUCUUCAGCAAUAGCUACAAGAUGAAGAUGAGUAUCAUCCUUGGUUGGGUUCACAUGACCUACUCGCUUUGCUUCUCCUACAUCAACGCAAGACAUUUCAAGAAGCCUAUUGAUAUCUGGGCCAAUUUUCUUCCUAGAAUAAUAUUUUUCCAGGCGAUCUUCGGUUACCUCGUUCUUUGUAUCAUCUACAAAUGGUCUGUGGACUGGUGUGAUACUGGUGCGCAACCUCCUAGCCUUCUGAACAUGUUGAUCUACAUGUUCCUGCGUCCUGGAACUCUUGACGAGCGCUUGUACGCUGGGCAAGAGUAUGCUCAGGUUAUUCUACUUUCGGUAGCCUUGUUCCAGGUCCCGAUCUUGCUUUUCCUUAAGCCCUUCUUUCUCCGUUGGAAACAUAACCGUGCCCGCGAUUUGGGUUAUCGCGGAAUCGGUGAAACCUCCCGCUUUGGCACCCUGGACGGUGAUGAUGAGAAUGAGCCUUUUGUUGAUGGGCGCGAUGACAGAUUUGGCGAUGAUGGCGAGGGUGUUGCGAUGAAUACUCAAAAUAUUGGUGAAGACCAACCGUUCGAGUUUGGCGAGAUCAUGAUGUACCAAGUCAUCGACACUAUUGAGUUUUGCUUAAACUGCGUUUCCCACACUGCUUCGUACCUACGUCUCUGGGCCUUGUCACUAGCCCAUCGGCAAUUGAGUGUGGUGCUUUGGAACAUGACUCUAGGCCGUGCCUUAAAGGUGGUGGGCGUUGUCGGCGUUAUUAUGAUUGUCGUCAGCUUCUAUGUGUGGUUCUUUCUCACGAUUGCCAUUUUGGUGUGCAUGGAGGGUACCAGUGCUAUGCUGCACUCGCUCAGAUUGGCGUGGGUUGAGUCCUUCUCCAAGUUUGCAGAGUUUGCAGGCUGGCCUUUUAUACCAUUCUCGUUCAAUACUUUGUUAGAGGAGUCAGAAGAGUUGAAAGACUACUUGGGAUGA